GAAGGGAAGGAAGUGAUUAGUGUAGUAGAAUCCAGUUUUGUUGCUGUUGCAGGAUAUCCUUCAAGCUUUUCUCGCACAAAUUCCUGGGAUUUCUCUGCUUUUUUCCGAUGUUUUUUUAUUUUUUUUAUUUUUUUAUUUUUUUUUUACCCUACGCUGCCGUUUUCAGGAGCGCCCUUUAAUAGUUGCAUUUUGCAUGGAAUGUACUUCAAGAAGAAGAGCCAAGGACUGGAGAAUUAAUCUUAAACCAAUAUAACAUAUAUUUUGGAUUGUACUUGAAAUAUUCCAAGGAAGAAAUAAAAACUGCCUCGGAGGCGGAAGUUUUGUUUACUGUACGUGCAGUGUUACCAAGUCUGGUCCGUUUUUUUUUCUUAUAUAGAAAUAUUUGGGAGUACUGGAAUUCUUAUUUAUUUUUGUCAUAUUAUGAAAAAAUAAAAGCCUCUGUUUAACUGCAGCUCUAAACAAAAAUCCACUGUUUGGUUGCAUUUAAUAAAGAACUUUGCAACAUGACAUUUGCAUUAUAGUUGUUACGCAGACGAAGAAUAUUUAGCAAUGCAACAUUGUAACAAGAAACAUAGUCUGCGGAGUUUCCGAUAAGUGAUUGUCUAUCCGUUGGGUCUGAUUUGACUCCAGAAGAACACCUUUACCGACAAUCUGUUUGCCCCGUGAUCUGCUUCUGUCCUUUAAGAAAUAUGCUGCAAAACUGAAGGAGCAAGCAGCAUGAGUUGCAACUGCAACUCCAUUGAAUCUAAAUCCACCGCCUAUAUAAUAUCUUGAUGGUAUACAUUUUUGAUUUACAAAUAUGAUGAAAUGGCAGCCCCGGAAGAAGGCAUAUUUCCGACAGGGUGUUGCCCUCCAGUACCUCGGGCGCCAUGCAGAUGCGCUGGCAGCGUUUGCCUCGGGCCUGGCUCAGGACCCCAAGAGUCUGCAGCUGUUGGUUGGCAUGGUGGAGGCCGCCAUGAAGUCCCCUUUGCGAGACUCUUUGGAGCCCACGUACCAGCAGCUCCAGAAGAUGAAGCUGGACAAGAGCCCCUUCGUGGUGGUGUCUGUGAUUGGCCAGGAGCUCCUGACAGCUGCCCAUCAUGGCGCUUCUGUUGUUGUCCUGGAGGCGGCGCUCAAGAUCGGGACCUGCAGCCUGAAGCUGCGUGGGUCUGUCUUCUCUGCCCUGAGCAGCGCGUACUGGUCACUGGGGAACACAGAGAAGAGCACUGGCUACAUGCAGCAGGACUUGGAAGUAGCAAAGACUUUAGGUGACCAGACAGGCGAAUGUCGGGCCCACGGUAACCUGGGAUCGGCAUUCUUCUCAAAAGGCAACUACCGCGAGGCGCUGACCAACCACCGACACCAGCUGGUCCUGGCCAUGAAGCUGAAGGACAGAGAGGCAGCCUCUUCAGCACUGAGCAGCUUGGGCCAUGUUUACACAGCCAUUGGGGACUAUCCCAACGCCCUGGCCAGCCACAAGCAGUGCGUCCUCCUCGCCAAGCAAUCCAAAGACGAGCUCUCGGAGGCGCGGGAGCUGGGCAACAUGGGAGCGGUGUACAUUGCCAUGGGCGACUUUGACAACGCCGUGCAGUGCCACGAGCAGCACCUGAAAAUCGCCAAGGAGCUGGGGUACAAGAGAGAGGAGGCUCGGGCCUACAGCAACCUGGGCAGUGCCUACCAUUACCGCCGCAACUUCGACAAGGCCAUGUCCUACCACAACCACGUGCUGGAGCUGGCGCAGGAGCUCGGGGAGCAGCCCAUUGAGAUGCGGGCCUACGCCGGCCUGGGCCACGCUGCCCGCUGCAUGCAGGACCUGGAGCGAGCCAAGCAAUACCACGAGCAGCAGCUGGGCAUCGCAGAAAGCCUGAAGGACCACGCUGCGGAGGGAAGGGCAUCCUCCAACUUGGGUAUCAUCCACCAGAUGAAAGGAGAUUAUGAGACUGCACUGAAACUCCACAAAACUCAUCUCUCCAUUGCUCAGGAGCUCAGUGACUAUGCUGCCCAAGGUAGGGCUUACGGCAACAUGGGGAAUGCUUUCAACGCUUUGGGAAUCUUCGACCAAGCUGUCAAGUACCAUCGUCAGGAGCUGCAGAUCUCCAUGGAGGUGAAUGACCGGGCGUCACAGGCCUCUACUCAUGGGAAUCUAGCAGUAGCCUACCAGGCCUUAGGAGCCCAUGACAGAGCCUUACAGCACUACCAAAACCACCUCAACAUUGCCAGAGAGCUGCGUGACAUUCAGAGUGAGGCCCGGGCCCUUAGCAACCUGGGCAACUUCCACUGCUCCAGAGGGGAGUUUCUUCAGGCUGUGCCCUACUAUGAGCAGUAUCUACGGCUGCCUGCUGAACUACAGGACAUGGAAAGCGAAGGGAAAGUCUGUCAUAACCUUGGCUAUGCCCAUUAUUGCCUCAGGAACUAUCGAGAGGCUGUGAAGUUCUACGAGCAGGAUCUGGCUUUAGCUAAGGACUUGCAUGACAAACUGAGCCAGGCAAAGGCCUACUGCAACUUGGGCCUAGCAUUCAAGGCUCUUGGGAACUACAACAAGGCAGAAGAAUGCCAGAAAUACCUCCUCUCCCUGGCCCAGUCCUUAAACAACUCACAGGCUAGAUUUCGGGCACUUGGCAACCUGGGAGAUAUCUUUGUGUGUAAGAAAGACGUGAACGGCGCAAUUAAGUUUUAUGAGCAGCAGUUGGCUUUGGCCCAUCAGGUCAAGGAACGGAAGCUUGAGGCUAGUGCUUAUGCAGCCUUGGGGGCUGCCUACAGGUUGAUCCAAAAAUACGAUAAGGCAUUGGGUUACCACACACAAGAGCUGGAGGUCUAUCAAGAACUGAGUGACAUACAGGGGGAAUGCAAAGCACAUGGGCAUCUCGCCGCUGUGUAUAUGUCAUUGGGGAAGUACACUAUGGCCUUUAAGUGCUACGAAGAGCAGCUAGAACUGGGGCAGAAGUUGAAGGAUCCGAGUAUAGAGGCCCAGGUUUAUGGGAACAUGGGCAUCACCAAAAUGAACAUGAAUGUCAUGGAAGAAGCCAUUGGGUAUUUUGAGCAGCAGUUGGCGAUGCUACAGCAGUUGAACGGGAAUGAGGCAGUGCUGGACCGAGGGAGGGGCUAUGGGAAUCUGGGGGAUUGCUACGAAGCCUUGGGUGAUUAUGAGGAAGCCAUUAAGUACUAUGAACAAUAUCUGUCUGUGGCACAAAGCCUGAACCGCAUGCAAGAUCAAGCAAAGGCUUACAGGGGGCUUGGAAAUGGACACAGGGCAAUAGGAAGUCUUCAGCAGGCUCUGGUGUGUUUUGAGAAGAGGCUGGUGGUGGCUCAUGAGCUUGGAGAAUCUUUUAACAAGGCGCAGGCCUACGGGGAGCUGGGGAGUCUGCAUAGCCAACUGGGAAACUAUGAGCAGGCCAUCUCCUGCCUGGAGAGGCAAUUGAACAUCGCUCGCGAGGUAAGAGACCGCAUCCUGGAGAGCGACGCCGCCUGUGGCCUGGGUGGGGUUUAUCAGCACAUGGGCGAGUACGACACGGCCCUGCAGUACCACCAGCUUGACCUGGAGAUCUCAGAGGAGACCAAUAACCCCACCUGCCAGGGACGGGCCUACGGGAACCUGGGGCUCACCUACGAGUCGCUGGGAAAUUUUGAGAGGGCCGUGGUUUACCAGGAGCAGCACUUGAGCAUUGCAGCCCAAAUGAAUGACUUGGUGGCCAAAACCGUGGCCUAUAGCAGUCUAGGAAGGACCCACCAUGCCUUGCAGAACUACUCCCAAGCAGUCAUGUACUUACAAGAAGGCUUGAGGCUGGCGGAGCAGCUGGGCCGGAGGGAGGAUGAGGCCAAAAUCCGACACCGCCUGGGGCUCUCGCUGUGGGCCAGCGGGAACCUUGAGGAAGCCCAGCACCAGCUUUAUAGAGCAUCAGCAUUAUUUGAAACGAUUCGCCAUGAAGCCCAGCACAGCACUGACUACAAGCUGUCCCUCUUUGAUCUUCAAACAUCCUGCUAUCAAGCACUGCAGCGUGUUCUUGUGACCCUCGGUCACCAUGACGAAGCGCUGGCGGUGGCCGAGAGAGGCCGCACUCGGGCCUUCGCUGACCUGCUGGUAGAACGGCAGACUGGUCAGCAGGACUCGGACCCUUACUCCCCAGUGACCAUCGACCAGAUCUUGGAGACGGUCAACAGCCAGCGGGGGCUGGUGCUCUACUACUCUCUGGCAGCCGGCUAUCUCUACAGCUGGCUCCUGGCGCCUGGGGCAGGGAUCCUGAAGUUCCACGAGGUGUACCUGGGAGAGAGCAGUGCUGAACCACACGAGAGCAGCAGCUUGAGCCUGCAGAGUGUGAGCAGUUCCACGCUGGAGCAGUACAUCAGCAACGUGAGGGAGGCUCUGGGCAUCGAGUCCCACUACACCAGGCCCUGCUCCAGCAGUGAGACAGAGAGUGAGGCGGGAGACCUGCUGGACCAGCAGUUUGAGGAGCUUCACAACAAGCUGAACUCUGUGACCGAUCCCACCGGCUUCCUCAGAAUGGUCAGCAGGAACAACCUUUUCAACAGGAGCUGCCAGAGCAUGACCAGCCUUUUCAGUAACACCAUGUCCCCAGUGAAAGACACCUCCUCUCUCCCUCGAAGGCAGAGCUCCCUGAACAAGCCCCCUCUGAGAGCCCUCUACGAUCUCCUUGUCGCACCCAUGGAAGGGGGUCUGAUGCACUCCAGUGGGCCUGUGGGUCGCCACCGGCAGCUCAUCCUGGUCCUGGAGGGAGAGCUGUACCUCAUCCCUUUCGCUCUGCUCAAGGGGAGCUCCUCCAAUGAGUAUCUGUACGAGCGGUUCAGUCUCAUCGCCAUCCCCUCCAUCCAAUCCCUCAGCAGCACCGCCAAGUCACAUUCUAAGAAGAACGCCCCCACCUAUUCCAGCCCUACGUCCAUGGCUGCUGUCAUUGGAAACCCCAAGCUACCCUCCUCCAUAAUGGACCGCUGGCUUUGGGGCCCGAUGCCCUCGGCCGAGGAAGAGGCCUAUAUGGUGUCGGAGCUGCUCGGGUGCCAGCCUCUCGUGGGUCCCGCAGCAACCAAGGAGAGGGUGAUGAGCGCGCUCAGUCAGGCAGAGUGUGUUCACUUUGCCACGCACAUUUCCUGGAAGCUGGCAGCGUUGGUCUUGACGCCAAACAGCGAUGGUUCCUCGGGUGGGGGAGGUGGGAAAGGCUCGUACGGGAACAGCUACACCAUCCCGGAAUCGCUCAGGAUGCAGGACGAUGCCAGCGAUGUGGAGAGCAUCACAGAUAGCCCUCCUCUCCAGGAGUUCCUGCUCACAGCGGCCGAUGUUCUGGACCUCCGGCUCCCAGUCAAGCUGGUGGUGUUGGGGUCCUACCAAGAAUCCAACAGCAAAGUGACUGCCGACGGGGUUAUCGGCCUGACUCGGACCUUCUUGGCUGCCGGGGCGCAAUGUGUCUUGGUGUCUCUGUGGCCGGUCCCUGUGGCUGCCUCCAAGAUGUUUGUCCAUGCUUUUUAUUCGGCCCUCCUCAAUGGAAUGAAAGCCAGUGCUGCCUUAGCUGACGCCAUGAAAACUGUCCAGAGCAGCAAGCAGUUCUCUCACCCUUCCAACUGGGCAGGGUUCAUGCUCAUCGGGUGUGACGUGAAGCUGAACAGCCCCUCGUCUCUGAUUGGCCAGGCUCUUAGUGAGAUCCUACAGCACCCCGAGCGAGCCCGAGACUCUCUGCGAGUGCUGCUGCACCUGGUGGAGAAGUCUUUGCAGCGCAUCCAGAACGGCCAGCGCAAUUCCAUGUACACAUCCCAACAGAGUGUGGAGAACAAGGUGGGCGGGGUGCCCGGCUGGCAGGCUCUUCUGACCGCAGUGGGCUUCCGACUGGACCCCACAGCUACUGGCCUGCCCGCCGCCGUCUUCUUCCCCACUGCCGACCCCGGGGACCGCCUGCAGCAGUGCAGCACUACCCUGCAGUCCCUGCUAGGCUUGCCACACCCUGCCUUUCAGGCACUGUGUAAGCUGAUCAGCACCUCAGAAACUGGAGAACAGCUAAUCAAUCGGGCUGUUAAAAAUAUGGUGGGAAUGCUUCAUCAGGUCCUGGUUCAGCUGCAGGCCGGGGACAAGGAGCACGAUUUCACCUCCACUCCUAUCCAGGUGUCCAUCAGUGUGCAGCUCUGGAGGCUGCCGGGCUGUCACGAGUUUCUCGCAGCUUUAGGCUUUGACCUGUGUGAGGUUGGACAGGAGGAAGUUGUACUGAAAACUGGGAAGCAAGCUAGCCGGAGGACCAUGCAUUUCGCUCUGCAAUCGCUCUUGGCUCUCUUUGAUUCUACAGAGCUGCCCAAACGCCUCAGCCUUGAUAGCUCCUCAUCUCUGGAGUCCCUGGCCUCAGCUCAGUCUGUUUCCAACCCCAUGCCCCUGGGGUACCCCAAUCCGCCCUUCUCACCGACCUGCCCUGACAGCAUGGCUUCAGACGCUAUCUCUGUCUACAGCCUGAGCUCCGUCACCUCCUCAAUGAGUUUUGUGUCCAAGGCCGAGAGCACUUCUGAGUACAUGAGCCACAGAGGAAGGCAAGACUAUGAACGGGGUAAAAUAUUUUAUUCUCAGAAAACAUCAGUGCCACGAAGCAGAUCCUCUCCCCACGCCAACGUUUCGGCCAACAAAGACGAUGAGGAGUAUGAAGGGUUUUCCAUCAUCAGCAAUGAACCUUUGGCUGGCAAUUCAGACUCCUUGCCGUUGCCAGCCAGCCAGAAGCUGCUGAAAGGGAAUGAAACGAUGUCAGAAAUGGCCAGAGCUUGCUAUGGUGCGUCCGUGUCUUCCAGAGGGAGCGUCAGCACUCCCACCUCUCCCAUUAAAAUGACUCUGAUUCCUAGUCAGAACUCACCCUUCCAGAAGGUCGGGAAGCUGCCCAGUUCGGAUACUGGGGAGUCAGACCAAUCCAGCACUGAAACAGAUAGCACGGUCAAAUCCCAGGAAGAAAAAACUACCAAGCUGGACCCUGAAGAGCUAGCCCAGAAAAUUUUGGAAGAAACUCAGAGCCACCUCAUUGCUGUCGAGUGUCUUCAGAGGAGUGGGAGCCAGACAAGUUGUGUCAGUGAACCCAUUGGUGGUGCUUCCACGCCUACAGGUGGCUCUGCUUUCAGAUCCUCAGAAAUGAGUGCUUUCAGCAGGCCGCAUAGUGCCAGCCUGAAAAAUCAAUCGUCUCCGAUCACAGUGAGGCCCAAACCUCCGUCGAGAACCUCCUCCCUUCAGAAAGUGAGUUCAGGAUACAACAGCCCGGCCACCUCUGAAACGUCCCUCAAAGACGGAUCAGGUCAACCCUCUCCGACGACGGAUCCCCACUCCUUAGCCCAGUUCAAGCUGAAAUAUCCAACUUCUCCAUACAGCACCCACAUAUCGAGGUCGCCCAGCAACAUAUCCCCCAGCUCAGGUCACCAGUCCCCUUCUGUAAGCAACCCGUCUCCAGAUCUGUCGUAUUCCUCCACCGGCUCAGCGCGCUCCAGUCCUGCGGACGCUCCUGACCUGGACAGACUCAAACUGGCAGCCCUUGACGAGAAGGUGCAGGCCAUUCACAAUCUCAAAACCUUUUGGACCAACACUUCUCAGCACCCCUCAGGGCCAGUGAGAGCAUUGCGAGGGAAUAUUGGCACCUCCAAAAGAGAUGUUCUGAGUCUGCUGAACCUUUCUCCCAGGCACAGCAAGAAGGAGAAAGGGAAGAACAACCUUGAACUCAAAGAACUAGCCAUACAGCAGGGGGAGCUUACCUCACCUCAGAAGAAUCCUCCAAAUGGCCUCAAGAGGGCAGAAACUAAUAAGGUGGUCGCUCCCUCACCCUCUGCAUCUGCAAGCAGCAGUCCAGGAGGGAGGCCUCUCAGACUCCCAUCGGGAAAUGGCUACAAGUUCCUCUCACCAGGAAGGUUUUUCCCAUCUUCUAAAUGUUGAGAUCCUGUGUGGACCAAUGAGACCCUUGUACAUGGAUCGCAAUCCAAAGUUUUUCCGUGUUUCUUUUAAUAACUGAACUCCUCAUACAUUUGAAACCAGGAAAUUUAAGAGCUGACAAGUUGAUAAAAUACCUUGGUAUUUAAACAAAGAAGAACUCAGCACAUGUAUUUAAAGGGCAUUUAACCUUAUAAGGUCUUACUGACAGCUUACACACAUUUUAAAUCUGGUCUCUGUCAUCUGUGACCAUGCUGUGGCCAGAAGCCACUUUAAUAUGAAGACCUACAUACUGAUCAGUAUUUCUUCACAACAUUAACUGUAUGUUUGUGCAGACCAAGUUCGCAAUACUUGGCUCUGUUUAUUUUAUUGUUUUGUUAUUUGGUUUUUGGUUUUUGUAAUUUAAAAUUCUGUGUUUCCCAAGCAGUAUUACGUUUUUUUAUAUUAUUAAAAAAAAAAAAAAAAAAACUGUAUCAUGUAAAAAAAAAAAAAAAGGAUUUCAUAUUUUUAUUGAAAUUGCAAAAGGCACUUGGCCUGAUUUCUUUGUGAUUUAAGUGUUUAUUAAAAGCAUGGAUUCUCCUGUUAUUAAAUGUUAAAAUUUCUAUGUAUUACUUUCUAGCACACAUUUUUGCAAACACGUUGACUUUCCUAAAAAAACAAACUAAAAAAAAAAACAACAACAUCUGCAUCUCUCAGUCAUUUAUCAGUAAAAUGUUUUAAAUAAAAUUGAAUCAGUUU